UGAUCAGUCCUGACGAAUGAUGACAGAGUUUACAAUAGCUCUUUUUUUUCUUGCGAUGAUCAGCCUGUCCCAAGGAGAUUUGCGAGAGCGGCUGGAUGGUGAGAUAGAGAUCAAGCCAGAAAUCCUGUCCAGAUACGAUGAUGCCAGUUGUACAAAUUGUGAACUUAUGCUCGACUUGGAAUUGUCGACCGGUCUCAAAAUGGAAUUAGACGCUAAUAGAUACAAUCAGGUUAUGAUUCAACUAGACAAAUUGCACUGUAUUACAGAAGUCAGAACAUUCCGAACCGAGAGUAAGAACAGCUGGGACCCUAUGGAGUGCAAGCCAUCAGACAACGAGAUGAAACCCUGCAAAUGUACAGAUUUUGAUUGUUCUGCUCCACAGCCAGUCGUGGGUGGUAUGAUGGACGCUGAGACCUAUAAUCCAUCCGAUGGAGAAAUCGAAGCGUGCGCUGGGAUACUGGUGGACUAUAUUACUGUCGCAAUGGAAGACGGAGAAGUAGGAGACCCAUUUGAAAUAUACGAAUUGGCCCUCGUCGCUCAGGAUAGAACAACCUGGGAGGAAAUAGUCGAAGAUGAACACGAGGAAGAUGGACACGAGGGUCAGUACUCACUUGCAGUGUGUCACUCCAUCAAUGUUCUCCUCUCGGUGACUGCUCUUCUGAUUGCAAUAUUUUUUUAGGUUUUGCGAUAAAUGACAAUGAUGUUGUCUAAAAUGGAACACGGACAAAAUUUCUUAGUUUAUUAAGGGUAAAUUUUAAGUUAUUUCUUGUAAAUCUUGUUUAGGGGAGAUGGGGUUCAGCCUGGAUUAUUUGUGAUCGCAUUAGAUCGCUUAUAUUACUUAACAACAAUUGGCAAACAUAUUGUGCAUGAUUUUAGGAACAAUUUCUAUUGCAUGAGAUUAUAUAAGCGCCGCUGGCGAGGAAGUGUUUUAUGAAAAAUAAUAAUACUCUAUUAUUUAUUUUUAUAUUUUUUUUAUAGUAUCUCUCCUACACAAUUGCUUGGAAAAACGUCGAAAGGUGAUUAGUUGGACAAACUUUUGCGACUAAGAUAUUUCCAUUAACUAGGUAUUUAUCAAAAGAUUUCCACCUGUGUUGAUUAAAUUUAAUUAGUGUAGACUAUAGUAUGAAAAGCUUACUUCGACCAUAUUUUUGCUUUA